AUCAAGUGAUAACAAUUUAUGAAUUCACUAUCAAUAAUAAAAAAUUUUUAAAUUUUAUUUAAUGAUGGUAUCUUUAGUAGCAUAAGUUUUGUUCCAUUAUAAAUUGUAUAUGUAAGGUUUGAGAGUAUUUUCGACACAGUAUUUUAAAAGGAACAGAACUGAGCAUAAUGUAAUGAGCUAUACUUGUAUAAUCUUUAUGCUCCUUUGAUAUCAACCAUUUACAAAAUUUCAUCAUUUAUUUUGAAUUUAUAUCCAUUACCAUAUUGUUCAGUUGAAUUCAAGCUGCGUUCUUCCAACAUCAUCUGCCCGCGACCCCAAGCGUGUUGAAUAUAAUGAAUCGGCUUAUUCGGAUACCGGGAGUCAUCGAAUGUUUGAAAAUAGACACAGCUAUGAAAUCGCAACGAAUCGCUAAAUUUGCGUUCGAUCACGCAAGUAGAAAUAAGGUUAACAUAAUAAAAUUAGGAGACGGUCUCUUCAUGAAAUCUUGUCGAAAAAUAAGCAAACUAUACGGAUUCGAAACGAUGAUCGCUGUCCAUAAAAAUGUCGCGAAUCCAAAUGCUUUUCUUUGCGCUGCCAAAAUGUUGACUCAUCGUGCUAGUCGAUUAUAUUCGACAUCUUCAGUCAUUUUCUUUCGAAAGGAGAUUCAGGAUACUGAUCCGAAAAAUGACCCGAAAGAGGGUGGCGAUGUUCAAAGUUUGAAGAAAAAGUUGGAACAAGUCACCAUCGAGUAUAAAGAUAAUAUGCCAUUCCUUCUUGGUUUUACCAAAGCACAGGGAAUCCUAAUGCCAGAAAUUUUGGAUCUUGAUAAUAAGUUGAAUAAAGCUCGCAGAUAUGCAUCUGUAUUUGAAUUUCUAUUAGUGAGCCGUAAACUGCUGGAAAUCAUAUCGAAAUAUGCGAAGGAAUGUCCUGAAAACGAGGACUUUGCAGCUAAGCUACAAAAAAAGUCGCCUCAAUUUGGUAACAUAGAUAGUUCAAGACUGGAGGGAAGUAUACUCUUCCGCAGAUUGCUAUGGGCAUUGGCAACACUAAAUAAAACGAGCUCAAAUCAAAUAGAAAAUCUACGAGGACUUCUCAACAACGACCCAGAGAAGUAUGUGUGGUUUGCCAACCAAGGGCAACGUUUGCACGAAUUUUUCUCUAAUGAUGUUUAUGAUGGGUGGCGUCUAUUCAAUGUUCAAUAUAUUGAUAAAAACUUAAUUCCGGAGUACGUAAGGUUUUUAUCAGAGGAUCUCAGAGAUGCGAUGUUAUUAUUCUGGAAAACUCAAUAAUAAGUAGUUUCAUACUAUAAGUUCAUAUUAUAUAUUUUUCACAAUAAACUCAUAUUAAUCAAUA